GGGGGAAGAGGUUGUAAUUACAGCUAGGACCAGAGUUUCCUUUGCCUCCCCUAGGGGCCGCGGGAGUGAGGAUUACGGUCUGGCUCAUGUGGUCCCUCCUUCCUCCAUCUGCACUUCCUCCUUCUCCCUCCCCCCUCCCCGUCGCCCCCAAAUAAAUCCCGGCCCCUCCCUUCGCCCGUCCCCAGGAUCUGACGUGGGUUCGACACCUUUCUCAGCUUCUCCCUCCCGCAGCUCCUGUGCCCGAGCUUCGGCUCUCCAGGUUCCGCAACCCCCUCCCCUCCCCGCCAAGCCCCGCUAGAGCACAGUAGGGACCCUCCUGAUCCUCGACCCCACCCCAGACCCCCUGAAGCUGUCUUGCCUCUCCCCACUCCCCCAGCUUGGGAUCCAGCCAGCUGGGGGGACCCAGGCGCCCGAGCGAGAGGGUAACCCAAGCGACCCGGCCCCUUCGGCCUUCUUGGUCCCACCCCCUGCAGCCGGAGCCGCGCCCCCUCUCCCACAGACCCGAGAGCAGAAGACAGAGGAGAUUGGGCAAGGAGGGGUGGGAUCCAGGCGACCUCCAGCCCAAUUCUGCCCCUCCAUCCCAAGGGGCAGAGAAAUUGUCUUUCUUGCUCCAUGCUAGCAGGGAAAAAAAUAAAUAAGUAAAGGGAAAGAUAAAAGGAGACGGAGGAAAGGUGACAGAUUAUUUAGGAGAGACGCAGAGGAGAGAAAUCGGUGUGAGUCGCCAUGGGGACUCCCAGGGUCCAGCACCCGCCGCCUCCCCAGCUGCUGUUCCUAAUUCUGCUGAGCUGUCCCUGGAUUCAGGGUCUGCCCCUGAAGGAAGAAGAGGUACUGCCAGAGCCCGGAAGUGAGGCCCCCACAGUAGCCUCCGAGGCUUUGGCCGAGCUGCUCCAUGGGGCCCUGCUGAGGAGGGGUCCAGAGAUGGGCUACCUGCCGGGAUCUGAUCCAGACCCCACACUAGCCACCCCUCCAGCCGGCCAGACUCUUGCAGCGCCCUCCCUGCCACGGGCCACUGAGCCAGGGACAGGGCCUCUGACAACAGCCGUAACCCCUAAAGGGGGCAGGGGGGCAGGCCCCACCGCACCAGAGCUGCUGACCCCGCCCCCAGGAACUACGGCCCCGCCCCUUCCUGGCCCCGCCUCCCCAGGCCCACCCCUCGGGCCUGAGGGAGGAGAGGAGGAGACCACGACCACCAUCAUCACCACGACAACUGUUACCACCACGGUGACCAGCCCAGUUCUGUGUAAUAACAACAUCUCUGAGGGCGAAGGGCAUGUGGAGUCUCCAGAUUUGGGGAGUGCAGCCAGCCGCACCUUGGGGCUCCUGGACUGCACAUACAGCAUCCAUGUCUACCCUGGCUACGGCAUUGAGAUCCAGGUGCAGACGCUGAACCUGUCUCGGGAGGAGGAACUCCUGGUGCUGGCUGGUGGGGGGUCCCCAGGCCUGGCCCCCCGACUCCUGGCCAACUCCUCCAUGCUGGGAGAAGGACAGGUCCUUAGGAGUCCAACCAACCGACUGCUCCUGCACUUCCAGAGUCCACGGGUCCCAAGGGGCGGUGGCUUCAGGAUCCACUAUCAGGCCUAUCUCCUGAGCUGUGGCUUCCCUCCCCGGCCGACCCAUGGGGAUGUGAGCGUGACAGACCUGCACCCUGGGGGUACUGCCACCUUCCACUGUGAUUCGGGCUACCAGCUGCAGGGUGAGGAGACCCUUAUCUGCCUCAAUGGCACCCGGCCAGCCUGGAGUGGUGAACCCCCCAGCUGUAUGGCAUCCUGUGGUGGCACCAUCCACAAUGCUACACUGGGCCGCAUCGUGUCCCCUGAGCCUGGGGGAGCGGCAGGGCCCAACCUCACCUGCCGUUGGGUCAUUGAAGCAGCUGAGGGACGCCGGCUUCACCUGCACUUUGAGAGGGUCUCACUGGAUGAGGACAAUGACCGGCUAAUGGUGCGCUCAGGGGGCAGUCCCCUGUCCCCAGUCAUCUAUGACUCAGACAUGGAUGAUGUCCCAGAGCGGGGUCUCAUCAGUGAUGCCCAGUCCCUGUAUGUGGAGCUGCUCUCAGAGACACCUGCCAAUCCCCUGCUGCUAAGCCUCCGAUUUGAAGCCUUUGAAGAAGAUCGCUGUUUCGCCCCCUUCCUGGCACAUGGCAAUGUCACCACCACGGACCCUGAGUACCGCCCAGGGGCACUGGCCACCUUCUCGUGCCUCCCAGGAUAUGCCCUAGAGCCCCCGGGCCCCCCCAAUGCCAUCGAAUGUGUGGAUCCCACAGAGCCCCACUGGAACGACACAGAGCCAGCCUGCAAGGCCAUGUGUGGAGGGGAGCUGUCAGAGGCAGCUGGUGUGGUCCUCUCUCCUGACUGGCCCCAGAGCUAUAGCCCCGGCCAGGACUGCGUGUGGGGCCUACAUGUCCAAGAAGAGAAGCGCAUCUUGCUCCAAGUGGAGAUCCUGAAUGUGCGCGAAGGGGACAUGCUGACACUGUUCGACGGGGACGGUCCCAGCGCCCGAGUUCUGGCCCAGCUGCGGGGACCCCAACCGCGCCGCCGCCUCCUCUCCUCUGGGCCCGACCUCACGCUGCAGUUCCAGGCACCGCCAGGGCCCCCAAACCCGGGCCUGGGGCAGGGUUUCGUGUUGCACUUCAAAGAGGUCCCGAGGAACGACACGUGCCCCGAGCUGCCACCCCCGGAGUGGGGCUGGAGGACAGCCUCCCACGGGGACCUGAUCCGGGGCACCGUGCUUACUUACCAGUGCGAGCCUGGCUACGAGCUCCUCGGCUCCGACAUUCUCACCUGCCAGUGGGACCUGUCCUGGAGCGCAGCGCCGCCCGCCUGCCAAAAGAUCAUGACUUGUGCCGACCCUGGUGAGAUCACCAAUGGGCACCGUACCACCUCGGACGCUGGCUUCCCCGUUGGCUCCCACGUCCAGUACCGCUGUCUGCCCGGGUACAGCCUGGAGGGGGCGGCCGUACUCACCUGCUACAGCCGGGACACAGGCACACCCAAGUGGAGCGACCGGGUCCCCAAGUGUGCCUUGAAGUAUGAGCCGUGCCUGAACCCAGGGGUGCCAGAGAAUGGCUAUCAGACGUUGUAUAAACAUCACUACCAGGCGGGCGAGUCUCUGCGCUUCUUCUGCUACGAGGGCUUUGAGCUCAUCGGCGAGGUCACCAUCACCUGUGUGCCCGGCCACCCCUCCCAGUGGACCAGCCAGCCCCCACUCUGCAAAGUGGCCUAUGAGGAGCUCCUGGACAACCGAAAACUGGAAGUGACCCAGACCACAGAUCCGUCGCGUCAGCUGGAGGGCGGGAACCUGGCUUUGGCUAUCCUGCUGCCCCUAGGUUUGGUCAUUGUCCUUGGCAGCGGCGUCUACAUAUACUACACCAACCCCUCUAUCUCCUCCCUUUCCCAGGCUACAGGGAAAAUCCCUCUUCGGCUUCUCGGGCUCCCAUUCCUACAGCCCCAUCACUGUGGAGUCAGACUUCAGCAAUCCACUGUAUGAAGCUGGGGAUACACGGGAGUAUGAAGUUUCCAUCUGAACCCCAAGACUAAGGCCGCAGGACCCAGGACGCCCCUCCCCUCCCCCUCCUGGGCAGGGAGGAGUACAGGACCUUGCCUCUGGCUCCCUUUCUCCCUGAUGUGUAAAUAGUCUCCUGGUCCCACGAGGGGGCUUUGAUGGCCCUUGGGGACCCUACAGUAAAAUAAACCAGCAUCCUGCCGCCCAAGCCUCCUCUUCUCAGUUGCCAAACAAGGGGCCUGCCCCUCCCCUCUGGCCCUACUGGCUUUUGGACCCUGGGAGGGGAACUCGGCCCCCCGCAACUCCUGGGACCCCUCCAGCCCAGGGCAACCCCUCCCCCCCACCCCCCCCCCCCCCACCCCCUGCCAAAGGACUGCCUGAGAGCUCUGCAUUCCCUUGGCCAUGAAGCCUCUUCCCAGACGCUCUGGCCCCAGGCCUAACCCCUGGGCUCUGGAGAGUCACAGGAAGAGAGAUGUAGGGGGAAAACAGGGACAAGGCCCCUACCCACUUCAUGCCGUCUCCCAGCCCACAAUCUCCCCGCCUUUGCUUAUGGAUUUUUGUUUUUGAGCAAUAAACAGAAAACCACCA